AUGCUGAGGAAACUGAUGUCGGCUGGCUUAACCUUGAAAAGACACGAACUGAGACUACUCGGAAAAGGUUUCCGGAUUAACCUGUUGCCUAAGUUCUACAACUGGGCCAGAGACGUUUUCGCACCGGCUUUCAUUGUAUCCAAUAACUACAACAACGCGUCAGUGUUGCCAAGUGAGAGGAAUUUCCUCAGGGAUCGGGUCAACUUGCUGUUGGGCUACGCGUUGCUUCGACAAGUCAGGAUAAAAGAAAGCGAGUCAUUUCCCUCACAUCAAGUGGAGCCGAAAAUCUAUGCCAUGUUUGAAGACGAAGUCGCUUGCCAUGGGUUCUCCAGCGUUUACGACGAGGAGAGACACGACUUCUAUCCGGGUUGGAGGAGUUACAAGAGUUAUCAGAAUCUCGCUGUACCACCAGAUGUCGCGCUCAAGUCAGAUGAGUAUUACAAGUACCAACAGGACAACAAAUUGGAUGGAUACCCCAUCUGGGGACGACUGGACUGGUACAGCGGUGGAGGAUAUGUUGUCAAGCUGCGACAAUCCCAAACAAUCCAAGACUUACAGAACAUGUUCACCACAUUGGAGCAACUGCAGUGGAUUGAUGAGAGAACCAGAGCCAUUUUGAUUGAGUUCUCAGUUUACAAUGCCCAAGUGAACUUGUUUUGCUCUGUGACCAUGCUCUUUGAGCAGAGUCCAGAUGGACAGCUUGUGUCACAAAUGAAGCUGAAACCAAUCCGCUUGCUGUUCUACCAUGAAGGCUUUGGAUUGUUCCUACUGAUCUGUGAAAUUACCUUCAUCUUCUUCAUGUUUUAUUACACCUACAAAGAGCUGAAGGAAAUGUGCAGGGACAAGAUGAAGUAUUGGAGUGACACCUGGAACUACCUGGAAAUCCUCAUCAUAGGGUUUGGCUAUCCUACCAUAGUGUUCUACAUUUACCUGAAAAUAGCAGGGAGCAGCAUAUCUUCAAAAUUCGCAGAGAAGCAAGGCAGGGAUUAUGUCAAUUUGCAAUCAGUGGCAUACAUUGAAGAGGUUUUCACCUACCUGGUGGGUUUCCUGGUGUUCUGUGCAACCUUCAAGUUUAUAAAGCUGCUGAGAUUCAACAAAAGGAUGGGAUUAAUGGCUGCCACCUUGAAACAGUGUGCAAAGGAUCUGAGGAGUUUCUUUGUCCUCUUGGGCAUUGUUUUCUUGGCAUUUGGACUUUUCUUCUAUGUCCACUUGUCCAGGGUUGUCUUGAAAUACUCAUCCUUUGAAAAGGCAAUGAUGUCAACUUUGGUUGCUUCUUUUGGCAAAUUUGACAUCCAGGAAAUGGCACUUGGUCAUGCAGUUUUGGGCCCAAUCAUGUUCUUUGUGUUUGCACUUACUGUCAUCAUAGUACUCACAAACUUGCUGCUGACCAUCAUCAUCAUGUCAUUUGCAGAGGUCAAGAAAGACUUGGAGAACAGAGUGAACGAAUAUGAAAUGGUGGACUUCAUCUUCAAUCGGAUAAAAAUGUUUGUUGGCAUGAAGACCGGAAAAGUGGCCAUUGUGAACACCGAGGAAGAAGCAAAACUGGAUACUGAAGAGAUGGAGAGACAAACCUCGGAAUUCCCCAACAAAGUGGACGAACUCCUGGACCAGGUGAACACCAUGUAUUUCAGUGGAAAAUUGAAGAUGAAUGACAAGGAGUGGCUCAAGAAAACUCUCAAGGAUAGAGCCUUUCGGAUUUCGGUUUCGACGACCAGCAUCGGUUUCCGGUAUAGCGAAAGAAUCGUCUGCGGCGUGAAAUCUCUGAAGUGGUUCAUUGCUGCUCCUUAUUUGACUCAUUCCGCCGGAACUUGGAACCGAGUGAAGCAACAGGAUUCUUUUCUUGACACCAAGUCGAGAGACUGUGAAGUUUUAAGCAGGAUGCGUCGAAUGGGAUCGCCGCCUUCUUCCGGAUGUCCGGACCCGGAACCCUGGUCCCCGUCUGUCCAGGCGUACCUGUCCUCGUCAUCCACCCCGGGCCCGAGUUGGUGGAACGGGUCGCCGUCCGCGCCGGCGGCAUCCAGGCGCCCACUGCCAGAGCCGCCUCGGGCGUCCGCCGCCAGUGAAACGGCGUCCUGGUCCAGCAACGACGACGACAGCGGCAGUGACGACGGGCCCGAGCGGAAAGCACGGGCGUCCGCGGUUUGCAAAGACGUCGACGACGAAGACAGACUCAGUUUCAACUUCAAAUAUGCAAAGGAAAUACACGGGAGAACGACGCUGAAGGAUGAUUUUGAGCUCAAACAGGAGCUUAUUGUGCUAUACAGACAAAACCAGCAGCAGGCAGAAAUACACGGGAGAACGACGCUGAAGGAUGAUUUUGAGCUCAAACAGGAGCUUAUUGUGCUGUACAGACAAAACCAGCAGCAGGCAGCUAGUAAAAAAAAGAACAAAGAAAAAAAGAGGAGAGGAGAGGAUAAUUACCUGCCGAUUUCGACUCCGUUCCAGCAGUUGUCGUCGCUUUUCCUCACUGCGAGCUCGUCGCAAACUUCGUCACCCAGUGUCGAGAAAAAGGCUCGACGCUUCGACAGCAUCGUCGCCAGGGUUUCCAGUCGGUCCACAAGCCGGUUCUCGCCAGCCAAUCGCUUCUCUCGAAUAAUUGGCAACACUGGCGAAUCCCCCGCUGCUGUCCACACUUCAGCUCGGCGACGACGGCGUUUCUUCGACUGCCCUUUCCCGCAUUUGGCACUCACCUAUAUUUGCCGAUAG